UUUAAGUACAUAAAGAAGCAACUUGUUUCUUCCUCCAUACAUAUCUCAUAGCUACUUAUCUUCAACUUCUCAUUUACUCUUUUCUCUCUCAUGGCUUCAUCUUCUUCUUCUUCAUCUUGCAUCAAGAGAUACCAUGUCUUUCCGAGUUUCCACGGUCCAGAUGUCCGUAGAGGAUUUCUCAGUCAUUUACGCCAUCAGUUUGCAAGCAAAGGGAUCACGACAUUCAAAGAUCAUGAGAUCGAGAGAGGCCACACGAUUGGACCUGAACUUGUACAAGCCAUUAGAGAAUCCAGAGUCUCGGUUGUUCUGCUCUCCAAGAAUUAUGCUUCUUCAAGCUGGUGUUUAGAUGAACUGGUUGAAAUCUUGAACUGCAAAAGAGUUUCAGAGCAUAUUGUGAUGACCAUCUUUUACCAAGUUGAUCCGUCCGAUGUACGGAAACAGACUGGAGAUUUUGGAAUAGCCUUCAAGAAAACAUGUGAAAAGAAAACUGAGGAAGAUAAGAAGAGAUGGAUGGAAGCUUUGGCAUAUGUAGCAAACAUUGCUGGAGAGCACUCUCUUAACUGGACUGAUGAAGCGGCCAUGGUGGAGAAGUUUGCCACGGAUGUUUCAAACAAACUGCAUGUUACACGAUCAAGGGACUUUGAGGAGAUUGUGGGACUGCAAGCUCACUUGAGAAAACUGAUCACUUUGUUAUGCUUCGAGUGUGAUGAAGCAAAGAUGAUUGGGAUUUGGGGUCCGGCGGGAAUCGGUAAGUCCACCAUUGCUAGAGCUUUAUUCAAUCACCUUUCGAGCGAUUUUCGACUUACAUGCUUUAUGGGGAACCUCAAGGGUAGUUAUAAGAGCAUAAUGGGUGUUGAUGAUUAUGAUUCCAAGUUAGGUUUGCAAAGCCAACUUCUGUCUAAGGUUUUGAACCAAAAUGAUAUGAGGGUACAUCAUCUAGGUGCUGUAAAAGAAUGGCUACAUGAUCAAAGAGUGCUUAUCAUUCUUGAUGAUGUAGAUGAUCUAGAGGAACUAGAUGUUUUGGCUAGAGAACUUUCUUGGUUUGGUUUAGGAAGUAGGAUCAUUGUUACAACAGAAGACAAAAAGAUUUUGAAAGCACAUGGAAUUCAAGAUGUCUACCAUGUGGGUUUUCCAUCUGAAAAAGAAGCUCUUGAGAUCUUAUGUCUAUCUGCUUUCAAACAGAGAUAUGUACAAGAUGAUUUUGAAAAGGUUGCAAAUAGAGUAGCAUAUCUUUGUGGUUAUCUUCCAUUAGGUCUUUGUGUUGUGGGUUCAUCAUUACGUGGGGAGAGCAAGGAAGAGUGGGAGCUUCAGUUAUCUAGGAUCGAAAAUAAUCUUGAUAGAAAAAUCGAAGACAUAUUAAGAGUGGGAUAUGACAGAUUGUCAAAGAAAGAUCAAGCUCUGUUUCUCCACAUCGCAUGCAUCUUCAACAAUGGUAGAGUUGAUCGUGUGACAAGCAUGCUCGCUGAUAGUAAUAUGGAUGUCGAAAAUGGGCUGAAGACCCUAGCCAUCAGAUCUCUUGUGCAACUUGAUAUAAUGUAUUGUAAGAUGCACUCUUUACUCCAACAGUUGGGUAGACAAGUAGUACAUGAGCAGUCAGAUGAGCCUGGGAAACGUCAGUUUUUAGUGGAGGCCGAAGAGAUUCGUGAUGUUCUAACAAAAGAAACGGGCACUGGAUCGGUCAUAGGUAUAUCAUUUGGUAUGUUCAUGAUGGGUGAGUUCUCAAUAAGUGGACGAGCUUUCGAAGGAAUGCGUAAUCUUACAUUUUUAGAGAUGUAUAGCUCUGGGGGAUUGAGGAUAGCAGGGGACAUGGAAUAUCUACCUCAUCUAAGGUUACUACAUUGGGAUGUAUACCCUGGAAAAAUUCUUCCUCCAACAUUUCAGCCCCAAUUUCUAGUCGAGCUAUGUAUGAAAUUCAGCAAUCUUGAGAAGCUCUGGGGAGGAAUCCAGCUGCUUCCAAAUCUCAAGACGUUAAAUCUGGACAAUUCCUAUUGGUUGAAAGAAAUCCCAAAUCUUUCGGAGGCUACAAAUCUUGAAACAGUAUCAUUUACUUACUGCACAAAUCUGGUGGAGCUUCCCUCCUCUAUCAGGAACCUACACAAGUUGGUUGAGUUAAACAUGAGGGGCUGCGAAAAGCUACGGAUUAUUCCCACCAACAUCAAUUUAGCAUCUCUUGAGUAUGUUACGAUGAAUGGUUGCUUGCGAUUGAGAACAUUUCCAGAUAUCUCGAGGAACAUCAUUCGUCUUGAUGUAAGGAACACAAAGAUAGAAGAUGUUCCUGCAUCCGUAGCUGAAAGCUGGCUUUGUCUUUUCAGGUUUUAUAUAGGUAGCAAAAGCCUCAAAAGAUUAACACACGUCCCAGAAUGUGUAAGUUAUUUGGAUCUAAGCAACAGUGAUAUAAAGAAGAUUCCUGAUUGCGUCAUAGGUCUCCCGCAUCUACUGGAUCUCGCCAUAAAAAACUGCAGAAAGCUGGUGUCACUGCAGGGUCUUCCGCCUUCGCUUUUGAGUCUCGAUGCAACUGAUUGUGUAUCGCUCAAAAGCGUCUGUUUCUCCUUCUAUAAACCAAAAUCUGACUAUAUUACUCUGGACGACUGCAAGUGUGUUAAAUCAGAAAAAGAUGCGAUAAGAGUAUCUUCCCUUUUCUACAACCCAGUGAGAGGAAUCAAUUUGGUCAACUGUUUAUCACUAGAGGAAGAAGCAAGAAGAGUAAUCAUUCAACAAUGUGAUUACAAGAGUGUAUGUUUACCAGGCAAAGAAAUCCCUCCAGAGUUCACCCACAGAGCCAAAGGAAACUCCAUAACCAUCUCUUCAGGGACUUUCUCUGCUUCCUCAAGAUUUAAGGCUUGCCUCCUGAUUUCUCCAGAUGCAGCCAAAUUCCGGAGAGGAAUUGUUUGUCGUCUAAUAAGCAAAGGUGUUGUCAUCAAUGAACUUGAAUGCAAUCCGAUUCAUCAUCAUCCACUUCUAUCUGAACACCUGUUAGUCUUUUCUGGGGCCCUGUUUAAAGAGCACAUAUGUUGUGAACUUGACGCUACUACGAGUGAAAUUCGGUUUGAAUUCAACUGCAAACAUAUUAUUGAGUGUGGUGUCCAGAUGUUGGCGGAUGAAGGUGAGAUAAAACUAGCUUCCUCUUUCCACGAUCCUAACAGAGAAGUGAGGUUCAUCAACUGUAUGAAAUUAGAUGAAGAAGCACGAAGAGCAAUCGUACAACGAUGGGCUUACAAAUAUGUAUAUUUUCCUGGUAAAGAAAUCCCUGCAGAGUUCACUCACAAAGCCACAGGAAACUUGGUAACCAUCACUAAGGGGACUCUCUCUGCCUCCACAAGUUUCAGGGCUUGCAUCCUGCUUUCACCACACCUACAACACCCUCCAAAGUACUGCUAUUAUAUCGGUUGUCGUCUAAGAAGCAAAGGUGUUCUCAUCAGUGAACUUGACUGCUAUCUGGAUUCUCCACUCCUAACAGAACACCUAUUUGUAUUUCGUGGGGCUCUGCUUAAAGAACGCAGAUGCGUUGAUGUGGACUCGGAUAUUCACUUUGAAUUCAGCUGCGACGAAGAACUUUUGAAGAUUGUUGAGUGCGGCUUACAGAUCAUGGAGUACGAAGGUGAAAGUAGCAGCAGAGAAUGGAAAAAGCAGAGUGAUGGAGCCGUUAAGGUCUCUAAAGAUAAAUACGUCUUUAAAACCAAUACGCAUACAUGUCGGUGGAGUGGGCUUAAGAAGCUAGUUGGUCCGAGGAAGAAGAAGAAAAAUAAGAGAGAGUGAAACUUUUAGAUCAAUAAGCUUUUGUAGUUUAAGCUGGUAUUCAUUUUCAUCCAUAUGUUGUCUGUACAUACACUUGUAAUAAACAUACCUUUGUCAUUAGCUUUGUCUCAGUCUUGUCAUUUACACAAGGGUUCUGUAUCUAUGAGUUCUGGAGGCUGAGAUUCAAGGACCAAGUGUUUGCAUUAAUAUGAAUUACACGAUAGAUGCUUCAUUC